UACAGGCUCGUCAAGCGGAGAAAUAAACAGAAGCGAGCGCAGAGAGGAGAAGACAUUCCUCCCUCCCCUCCCCCUCACUAUCUGUCCAUCUUCAUCCAGUCCUUUCUUUCAUGGAGAGGAAUUAUCCCGCUGCAGGCUUCGGAGAUCUAGGGGCUGGGACGGGAUGGAGUUACGACAGAUCGGCCAAAGCAAGCCUCGUGUAUGGGAGCUCCAGGUCGUCCCACCCAGACUCAGAGCUGCUCCACAGGCAAACCUAUGGCACCCCUCACCCCCUCCAGGGCUAUGCAACCAACCACCACCCAGGAAGCUCCAGACAGGGUGGAGCAUGGGGGGCUGCUGGACGCUCACUUGGCUUGUCAGGGCUGUUUGAUGCCAGUCUCCACCAUGCCAGCCCCUCUGGUCCUGACCCCUCCGUCAUGAAUCUGAUUUCAGCUCUAGAAUCGCGGGGUCCACAGCCACCACCAUCUGCUUCUUCCCUCCUCUCUCAGUUUCGCACUCCCUCUUGGCAGACUGCAAUGCACACACCGGCCCCAGCGGAGCUCUUUAUUUCAGGGGCACUUCCUGGUUCCAGCUCCUUCCCCUCCUCCUCAGCCCUUUCUGCAUACCAGCAUCCUGGCUCCUUCUCUGGACGAUCUUUCACUCCCUCACUAUCCCUGCAGGACACGCCUACAUUUAGCCCGACCUCCAACGGUUUGUUAUCCCCUCAUGAUCCCCUGCUGCACAUCAAAACACCUUCCCAGUCCAGCCUGGGCUUUGAUCGCUUGCUGUCUUCCCAGAGUGCCACCUACAGGGGCUCCCAGGAGCCAACAGCCCCUCCUCAGACCCAAGCCCCUCCCACCUCCUCCAGUUGCCACCUGCCCCCUCCCCAGUUCAACCUUUUGUCCUCCCAGCUCCACAACCAGUCCUCCCAGCUGUAUAACGCCUCUAUGUUCUCUUCCACACCAGCUCUGCUGCCCACGGCCCCCCCUCCGCCCCAGCCUCCUCCAGAGAGGGCAGUUUCCCGGCAGGACAGUGUGAUUAAGCAUUAUCAACGCUCAUCCCCAGCGCAGUCCACAACACUGCCUCCGCAGCAAUAUGCCAGCUGUGGUGGGUCAUCGAGCUACCAGCAGAUACCCAGCCACCACCGGCAUUCUGGACUGUCCUGCAGUCCCCUGGGGGAGCAGAGCCCAUCCUCUGAGCCCAAGCCCUCACCUCGGUUGGAAUCCAAGACAUAUCGACCUAUCAUCCAAACCCCCUACACAUCCUCGUCCUCCAGCUCUUCAGCCCCCUCCUUAUCUGGCACUAAGGGAGCCAAGAGUUCCAGCUCCAGUAGUGGCUACUCCUCUUCAGGCUCAGCGUCAUCCUCUUCCCGCACCCCACACACUCCACCAUCAGCCUCCUCCACCUCUUCCGCGUCCUCUUCUAGUUCCAAGACAAGCACUGGCUCCUUGCCUGCUCCCUCUCGUCAGCAGCCCCCACCUCAGUCAACACCGGCACCACCUGCUUUGCCAGUGGUGUCAUCCAACCUUGUUCAACAGCCAGCACCCAAACAAUGCCUCUCCACCUAUGGCUCUUCACCUGUGGCCAAAUCCAGCACAGGCCUACCAGACCAGACGCCUCCCCAGCAACAUGUCCAGUCCUACUCUCCCAAUCAGCCUCCAUCUACACACAUGGCUCAGUCUUAUGGAGGCUUUAAUUCACCUCAUGCCCAGGACCUGAGCUCUGGAGCAGGGGGUACUGGAGGGAAGGCCUUCACUGGUAUAGGCUCAGGAGGACGGUCGUUUUCUGCAGAAAUAGGGUUUGGGGACUCAAGCUAUGGCCAAACCCCCCUUAGAAGAGCAGGCAGUCCUUCCUUAGGAUAUGGGAAUGCUGGAGGAUCAACAGUAACUGGACCCGUAUCAGGAGCUGCUGCGCUUGGCAGUGGAGUUGGAUCUGCAGGAUCAGGGAGUGGGCCUUCUAGUGUUGGUAAUGGAGGCAGCAGCUCAUACCACCUGCCUGAGUCUAGUCCCUCGCCCUCCAUCAGUUCUAAUAUCAGUCGCCCUGGAUUGCACUCUCCUGCGUCUGCUCGCCCUGCACAGUCCCCCGGAGGCUCAGGGGCCACCAAAUACUUGUCCUCCAUCCUGUCGCCUUCUUUUAUGUCCUCACCCCAAGGUUUCCCCGAUACACAGCAAGUGCAGAACCAGUCCUACCACUCAACACCGCCCAAGUCAAAAACAGAAACCAAUAUGCUGGGAGUUGAGCGAUCCCAAGAUGAGGAAGAGGAUGAUGACGUUUUCCUUAUCCACCACUUACUACACGCCCAGAGUUCAACUCCUCAUCCUUCCCAGCAUCACCCACCUCCUCAGCAGCUACCCCAGCCGCUUCCACAAGCUAGGGAUGGGGAAGGCAAAGGAGUGACCUAUGACAUGAACAAGAUCUCAGAAGAGCGCUACCACCUUCAGAGUGUCAUUCGUACCAAUAACAUCACCAGCAGUUCAGGUCCUGGAACGGCAAUGGGUGACACAAGUGGCUUAAACAGUCAGUUGGAAAUAUCACAGAAGAAACAGCAACAGGCCAAAUCGGAGUUGAGCAUAUCAAAGUCCACAGCUGGAGGGGUAGGAGGGGUCACUGACUCUCUUUCCCACUCUCAUACUACCCACUCACAUCAACAACAGCAUGACUCCAUGGGCUCUGUGGUCCAUUAUGGAAGGGGGGACCCCUACAUACAGCACCCACACUCCCAACAUUCCCAUCACACCUCACAUGUACCCUCACACUCUCAACAACACUCUCAGCAUCCCCAAAUCUCUCAGCACUCUCAACACACACCGCACUCUCAACAUACUCAGCACAGCCAUCCCCAUUCCCACUCUCACAGCCACCCUCACAUGGAGCUGAAGAAGCCUUCAGAUGCAAAUGACAAUGCCUACUUGUGUAACACACCAGAUGUGCAGCAGGCUCGGCAAAGCCAGGUUCCCCUCUCUCUAAUAGAUUCAUCGCCAGACCCUCCCCAGCAAUCUCACAUGCUGCAGUCUGUCCUUUCUCACACCACCCACACUAAGAUGGAUCCUCAGCAAGCCCCUCCACAGCAGCAACAGCAGCAGCAUCCUUUGAGCCAGCAGGCCAUGAUGGUUUCAGCCGGAGGAGCAGGGCCUGCCGGGGUGGAGUCCCAUCCACAGAACCAGUCUGCACAGUUGCAACUCCAGCUUCAGACCCAAGGUAUGGACAACCACUACAGCCUUGGAGCUCAGCAGAGAGAUCAAAGCAGAACCAGUCAGAACUCAGUGUCUCCACUAGACAUGCUGGACCAAUCUCUUUCCCGAACAAACAGCAGAGGCAGUGGAGGAGCUCUGGACAGAACAGGGGUUGGUGUGACUGUUACAGGAGGGGAGGGAGGUGGUGGAGACAGACAUAGACAGCAGCACAGACUUACACCCCACCACCAUCCCCAACAGACAGCCUCAGAUCUCCAUGACUUCCUCUCUGAACCAGAUUUAGGCUUGUCCGCCCCCUCACACCUACAUCACCUCAACCAGCCUCAGGCCCAUGCCCACCCCCAUGCUCACCAUCAGCAGCAAGCACACACUCACCAUCAGCUGGCACACUCUCAGUUAGCUCACACACACUCCCACCGGAUGGCAGCAAAUAUGGUAACUCCCCAACAACAGCAGCAGCCCCAACAAAGAGACCCUGAAACUCUGUCCCACUCCCAGUUAGACCAGCUCAAGCAGCACCAGUUUGACACAGUGAGCCCAGUGGGUAAAGUAGGACAGAAUCAAGUUCAGCAGCAACAGCAGCGCUUUUCAUCUCUGACUUCCAUCUGCUUUCCUGACUCUCUGUUACAUGAUGAAGACCGCUCUUUCUUUCCUGAGAUGGAGGACAUGUUUUGCUCAGCAGAUUACAAGUCGAGCUGUGCUGAGGAUUCUGGGGCAGGACAGGCUGCUCAAGAAAGCCUUACCCAGGGCCAUGGGCAGGGGCAAGACGGUAUGGAGGCCUUAAAAACAGGAGAGGGCUAUGACAUGGUUGGUCAUCACAGUGAUCAAGGCUAUGGACAGUAUUGCCACAGCCUUCCAGGAACAGGAAAUGGCAAUCUACACUUAGACCUUGACUCUAUGAAGACGCACGAGCUUCCCUCCACUGUGAAUACUGACCAACUUGGCCUCAUCCAAUCCCAAACACCCACUAUGGGGCUGAGUUCAGCAGUUCAAGGGGAUGGCUCAGUCAGCAAGAUGAUGGGAGUGGUAGGAGUGGGUGAAAGUCCAAAUACUCCUGGUCUGACCUCACCUAUAUUCUGUUCCUCUCGACCCAAGAAACUACUGAAGACAAGCUCAUUUCACUUGCUCAAACAGCGGCGUGAGCCGCAACCUCAAACAAAGAAAAACUAUGCGCAGGAGUAUGAAUUUGAGGACGACGAGGAUAAAGCUGAUGUUCCAGCUGAUAUUCGUUUAAACAGUCGACGCCUUCCUGACCUGCUCCCUGACUUGGUGUCUAGCUGUAGGAAGGCUGGGGGGGCAUCAGGAGUAAGUGGGCUCAGUCCACUGAUGGUUGACAUCGACUUCUGCCAUAAUUCUGGCUACUCUUCCCUUGGACACCCUCCACAACUCCUUCCCCAUGAUGGCCCUAAAAAAAGAGGCCGGAAGCCAACUAAACCAAAACGUGAAGGCCCUCCUCGCCCACGAGGUAGACCACGCAUACGCCCUCUUCCAGAGCCUCACUACUGCAAGGGUCUGAUGGGAUCAGUGGCAGGAGAAAGCAGGAGGGGCCGUGGACGGGGUCGAGGGCGUGGCCGGCGGGAGGAGGUUCUCGUUGAAAUGCAUCAAGAUAUGAACAAAGCACAAAGCCUCCCAUAUCAUCAUCAGCAGCAGCAGCAUCGACAGCAACAGUUCAGCCAUCAGCAGCAUCUUCAACAGCAUUCACAUGAACAUCACAGACAGCAGAUUGACCACCACCAAACAACACAGCAGCAGCAACAACAGCAUCACCUGCAUCAUCCACAGCAGCAUGUUUCCUGUCCUCACCACCAACCACAUAAUCAACAGCAGCAACAGCUACAGCAUCAUCAUCAUCAACAACAGCAACCACCCCAACAGCCGCAGCAAGAUCCAAUCAGUCCUCUCAAGAUCAAACUGCCUGUUCCCACUAUGCCUCCGUCAGAAUCCUUGUUGAGGACAGACUCGCUGUCCAGCACUGAGCCGGUUCUGUCUGAUGGAUCUGUGGGCUCGGCACCAUCUCUGGGCCUGAGUCCUGGACCCAGUGCCGCCAUGGACAUCAACAGAAAUGAGAUGAAUCAGACUCAAGACAAGACGAUGAAGCAUCAACAGAAGGCUAUAGAGAUGACAUGGAAGAAAGAAAUGGAUGAUCCACUGAAUCCUGAAGCCUGGGCUGCUAUGCAGAAACUCUCCAGUUCAGCUGAUGACAAGGCUUUCGAUUUCAAACCUGGCUUCAUGGCCUCUUUUUUGGACUUCUUGAAGACAGGCAAAAAACAGUCAGGCCUUGAACCGGAACAAGAUGGAGCUGAGCAGGAAUCCCUAAACCCCUGCUCCUCUCUGAAGGGAGGGAUCAGGCCCUUAUCCCCACCUUCGCCUCCCCUACCACCAACUCCUCCACAGCAGCCUCCAGAGACAUUCAGUGAGGAAGUGCAGGGCGAGGGGGCAGAGUUGGCUCUCAGCAGCUGUCCAAGUCCCUGCAAGCCACUGGAUGAGGAGCUGAAAAGGAACCUGGAGACGCUGCCCUCCUUCUCCUCUGAUGAGGAGGACUCGGUCAGCAAAAACCAGGACCUGCAGAAGAGCAUCUCAUCUGCCAUCUCCGCCCUCUAUGACACCCCACACUCGCUGGCAGCUGCCAUGGCUUCUGCCAUGAUCAAGGCCCCACCCACCCUGUCCCCGCCUACGCCACAGGAGCCGCCGCUCAGCCCCCCUCUCCCUGCCAUACCUCCCCUCAUUCCCAGUAUCGAGAAUGGAAAAGAGGAGGAGCUCAAGUACACACAGGAUCACAUACAGGACAAGGACGAGCAACAAUCAGUCUCCCUACAGUCAAAUAGAGCAAACACAGAGGAGAGGGAGGCUGAACAAGGAGGAGAUGAGGAAAGGGGGGGGGGUGAGGAGACUGCAGACAAUGAAGAAAUAAUGAGAAGUCCAGAGAAUCUGCAGCAGGGAGCACUGGAGGAGCAGGAGCAGCAGGAGGAGGAAGGGGAAAGGAUGUCUGAAAUACAGAUUUUGGAGGUUCCUAAGGUUGAAGGUUCUCCAUCAGGACCUGUGCUUGCUGCUGCACCUCCAUCCACAUCACCGUCCAUCUCCCCCUCACCCACCUACUCCUCACCUUCACCACUCCCUCUCCUCAGUCUCUCUGUACCCUCCCAACUGCCAGUCCAGCAGGAUGAAGAAGAGCCAAAUCCAACUUAUCCUCCUUCUGAGCAGCAGCAGUCGUCCUACCAGCCCCCUCCGACUGCUGGCACCUCCCCACCCCCCUCCACCUCCCCUCCUGCCAUCCCAUCCUCACCCCUCUCCAACCUUCCCCUGGGCCAGUCCAUCCCCCCUCCAUCUACCACACCUCCACCAUCAUCCUCUGAUCAAGACCAGGAACCUGAAGCUGAGCAGCCUUCCCCCUCUUCACCCACCUCUUCCUCACCAUCUUCAUCCUCUUCGCCACCAUCACCUCCAACCCCGGAAGAGGCCCCAGCAUCCCAGCGUCUUACCUCCCUCCACCUGGCAAAGAAGCAGGCUGACGCCGCCAUAGCUGGGGAGAGUGAGGAGGAGGACAGUGAGAGUGGAGGCGAGGGAAUCUUCCGUGAACGGGAUGAGUUUGUGGUUCGAACUGAGGACAUCGGGAUGCUUAAGAUGGCCCUGCAGACAGGCCGGGAGCCCCCACCCAUCUGGAGGGUGCAGAAAGCCUUGCUCCAGAAAUUCAGCCCAGAGAUCAAGGACGGCCAAAGGCAGUUCUGUGCAACCAGUAAUUAUCUGGGUUACUUUGGUGAUGCCAAAAUGCGCUACCAGCGUUUGUACGUGAAGUUCUUGGAGAAUGUCAACAAGAAAGAUUAUGUCAGAGUGUGUUCUCGAAAGCCAUGGCACAGAGCCAGUCUCACUCUGAGACGCCAGUCACUACCUAAACAGCUGCCCACCAUUCACAAUCAAACCCCACCUCGAGUGGAGAGAGACGACAAGGAGAGACAGAAAGAGAGAGAGCUGAAGGAGCAGAGAGAAAGAGAAAAAGAACAAAGAGAAAGGGAGCAUAAGGAGAAAGAGAGGAAAGAGAAAGAAGAUAGAGAACAAAAAAAGAAGGAGAAACAGGAGAGGGAGCAGAAAGAGAGGGACAGGAAAGAAAUAGAGAAUGCGGAGAGGGAGAAAGGGGAACGAGAGCAAAAGGAGAGGGAGUGUAGAGAAAAGGAAAAAGAAAUGGAAUGGGAGAAGGAGAGGGAGAUGGAAAGGAGGGUGAAGGAGCAGAAAGAGAGGGAGAAAAGACAGAAAGAGGAUCAAAGUGAAAGGGAGAGGCAGGAGAGAGAGCAAAAAGAGAGAGAGAAACAAGAGAGGGAAAGAACAGAUAAAGAGAGAGAAAAGAGAGAAAGGGAGUGGAGAGAAAAGGAGAAACAGGUGAGGGAGCGGAGAGAGAAGGAGAAAGAGCAGAAGGAGAGGGAGAAAGAAAAAGAGCGGGAGCAGAAAGAAAAGCAGGGAAGAGAGAGGGAAAAAGAGAGGGAGAAAAAAAGGGAUCAGGAGAAAGAGAAAAGGGAGAGAGAGGAGCUGGAGAGGAGAGAUGGCACAGUGGAAUUCUCAAGGUUUAAGGAAGAGAAGAGAGGAGGAGAGAAGAAGAUGGAGGAUCGGUCCAGAGCCAAGAGUUCAAAGGACAAGGCGGAGCCUCCUCCCAAGAAGAGGAAGAAGUGGCUUAAGGAGGUGCCAUUCUCCUCCUCUGAGUCUGACUCCUCCGUGCCCAGUGAUGAUGAAGGACCUGUGCGGGCUGGAGUUAACAACCGAGCCAUGAGGGAGAUGUUCAGGAGCUAUGUGGAGAUGCUGGUCAGUACAGCGCUUGACCCUGACAUGAUCCAAGCACUGGAGGACACUGAUGAUGAAUUGUACCUCCCACCCAUGAGGAAAAUUGAUAGCCUGCUCAGUGAACAGAAAAAGAGGUUGUUGAGGAGAGUCAACAUGAGUGUUCAGCACCAGGAGGCUUUACAUAUAUUCCCCAAAAUGACGGCAGACCCACUGGAAUCUGGAGUGAUCAAAGUUCACCUUGGCGGAGAGGGCUACAACCGCAAAACUCUUAACCGGGUCAAGAGGAGUAUUCCUAAGCAACAGGAUCUGAAGGUCUCAAUUGAAACUUGCCGAAUCUACAGUCUGUAUCACUCCCUUCACCACUACAAGUAUCACACCUUCCUGCAUUGCAAGAAGGAGACGGACAGCAUUGAGCAGGCAGCGGAGGACCCUGGCCAGGAGGAGGUGGUGCAGCAGUGCAUGGCUAACCAAGGCUGGCUGGAGAGCCUCUUUAACUCCUUCAUGGAACUGCUGAGCCUAAGUGGCAAGGCCUGAAAGAGAACCAUAGCCCCAGCCACCAAACUCACACACCCACCUGCAGUAUUAAGAAGAUGGAAGCAUCCAGAAUUGGUGAAAGAAAAGAAUCACACUAAAAAAACUGUACGGAUGCUAUAGUAGUGCGAUGGUUCCAGCAAGAGCAGCCACUGCUGGUUUGUUUGUUGGAGGUUUAACUUUUAGGGUGUUUGUUUUAUUAUUGAGUCCAUGUUAAAGUACAUCUUUAUUUCAAGAAACAUAUUGAAAGAUUGAGGCUAGUGAACUACGUGAAUGUGAUGAGUUUUCCUAAAAGGGACCAUAUGAUAAUUUGGUCAGCACUACAAAAGAGAUUUUUGUCAAGAUUUACAGAAUAUUGACAAACACACACAAGUUGUCUAUAAAUAUGCAUUGACAACUGGUUUGUAUAAUUUAUACAAGGACAUUUCCAAAAAUGACCAUUCUAAGAUGGGAUAGUUUGCUGUGAUUAUUUUUGAAAAAUGUUUUAAAGGGAUAUAGAUAAAAUGGCCCACCUGCAAUGAUUUGCUUCUCUCAGAGUGACAGAGGUAAAACUAGGGUUGAGUGAGGUUUAAAAGGACUAUGUGAUAGUCUCUCGUUUCUACCUGCCUCAGUUAGAAAACAGUUAAGACUGUGGGAAAAUGUAUUUAAAACCAAGCUGUGUUUUUUUUUCUGUUUGUUCUUCAAAAGACAACAACAGAGAAGAUUUAAUGCCUGUAAAGACGUGGAAUGAAAAAAAAUAAAGCACGACUUUCCUGAAGGAAGUGUGAGGUGAAAUGAUCCAAAAGCAUAAAUGUCAGUGUUUAAUGUUAGUCAUUUUUAUCUGUUUGUUGUUGAUUGAUAUUUCCUAUUAUUUGACCUCUCAGAGGAUAUUCUUGCAGAGCAAUUUUGUUGUUUUGAUGUGUAAAUAUUGUACAGCUUCUUCAUUCUCUAGUUCCCAGUUGCUCUUCUGUACAUGAAAUUCCUGUAUUUGACAUAAUGAAAUAAAACAGUUGAAAUGACAAAAGUGA